UUGGCUGACAGUCAAUGUUAUGAAACUUCAUUGGAUGAACGACCACACGCCUUUCGUCAACCAGAGAGAGCUCAACACACGGCAAGGUGGUCCAUGUGCGUCUGACUGAGUCAACAUGCUGACUGCACAGAGGGCGUGUGCAGCGAUGGCUGCCCGGCGCCUGGCUCAAGUCUCCGUCUCCUCAGCACGCACACACCGCUGUCUGAUCCACACUUCCACACCAUGUCAGGACCAGAAGGAGCUGCACCCUGAGUGGGCCAGUCUGGCCAAGAAGCAGCUGAAGGGGAAGAACCCGGAAGAUCUGAUCUGGCGCACGCCAGAGGGACUCAACAUCAAGCCUGUGUACACUAAAGCAGACUCAGCUGACAGGCCCGAUGAACUGCCGGGAGUGUUUCCCUACACAAGGGGUCCCUAUCCUACCAUGUACACCUACAGACCGUGGACUAUCAGGCAGUAUGCUGGCUUUAGCACCGUGGAGGAGAGCAACAAGUUCUAUAAAGACAAUAUUAAAGCUGGACAGCAAGGUCUUUCCGUGGCCUUUGACCUCCCCACUCACCGCGGUUACGACUCGGACAACCCCCGAGUCCACGGAGACGUCGGCAUGGCUGGAGUUGCCAUAGACACGGUUGAAGACAUGAAGAUGUUGUUUGAUGGAAUCCCUCUGGAGAAGAUGUCCGUUUCCAUGACGAUGAACGGAGCGGUCAUCCCCGUGUUGGCGAUGUUUAUUGUGACGGGGGAGGAGCAGGGCGUCCCCAAAGCCAAACUGACUGGCACCAUUCAGAAUGAUAUUUUGAAGGAGUUUAUGGUACGCAACACCUAUAUUUUCCCCCCGGAGCCUUCCAUGCACGCCAUCGCAGACAUCUUCGCUUAUACCUCCAAACACAUGCCCAAGUUCAACUCCAUAUCCAUCAGUGGUUACCACCUUCAGGAGGCUGGAGCUGACGCCAUCCUGGAAGUCGCCUACACCAUUGCCAACGGCCUGGAGUACUGCCGCACUGGUCUGAAGGCAGGCUUAACCAUCGAUGAGUUUGCACCGAGGUUGUCAUUCUUCUGGGGGAUUGGGAUGAAUUUCUACAUGGAGAUCGCUAAGCUGCGGGCGGGCAGGAGGUUGUGGGCCACGCUCAUUAAAGAGAACUUCCAGCCCAAAAAUGCCAAGUCUCUGCUCCUCCGCACACACUGCCAAACCUCGGGCUGGUCUCUCACCGAACAAGAUCCGUACAACAACGUGAUCCGUACAGUGAUUGAGGCCAUGGCGGCCGUGUUCGGAGGAACCCAGUCGCUCCACACCAACUCGUUCGAUGAAGCUCUGGGCUUGCCCACAGUGAAGAGCGCUCGCAUCGCCAGGAACACGCAGAUCAUCAUCCAGGAAGAGUCCGGCAUCCCCAAAGUGGCCGAUCCCUGGGGGGGCUCGCACAUGAUGGAGGCUCUCACCGACGACGUCUAUAACAAAGCUUUGAAGUUCAUCAAAGAGAUCGAGGAGAUGGGCGGCAUGGCCAGAGCCGUGGCAGAGGGCAUCCCAAAACUUAAAAUUGAGGAGUGUGCUGCACGCAGACAGGCCCGCAUUGACUCAGGAUCAGAGGUCAUUGUCGGGGUGAACAAGUACCGUCUGGAGAAAGAGGAGACUGUGGAGGUGCUGGCCAUAGAUAACACUGUUGUGCGUCAGAAACAGAUUGAAAAGCUGAAGAAGGUGAGGGAGAGCCGUGACCCUGAGGCAGCGAUCAAGUGCCUGGCAGCCAUUGAGGAGUGCGCCCGGACAGGGGAGGGGAACCUUUUAGCCCUGGCUGUGGAGGCGGCACGAGCAAGAUGUUCUGUCGGUGAAAUAACUGACGCCAUGAAGAAAGUGUUUGGAGAACACAAGGCCAGCACCAGGAUGGUGAGCGGUGCUUACCGCAGCGAGUUCGGGGAGCAUGAAGAGAUCGCCACGGCCAACAACAGAGUUGCAGAUUUUAAGAAGCACGAGGGCAGGAACCCUCGACUGCUGGUUGCAAAGAUGGGCCAGGAUGGUCACGACAGGGGCGCCAAAGUCAUCGCCACAGGGUUCGCUGAUCUGGGCUUUGAUGUGGACAUCGGACCACUGUUUCAGACGCCCCUCGAGGUCGCCCAGCAGGCGGUCGAUGCAGACGUACACUGCGUCGGGGUCAGCACGCUUGCCGCGGGACACAAGACCCUGGUCCCGGAGCUCCUCAAGGAACUACGGAAGCUCAACAGGCCGGACAUCCUGGUCAUCUGUGGAGGCGUCAUCCCGCCGCAGGACUACGAGUUCUUGUACCAGAGCGGCGUGUGCGCCAUCUUCGGCCCAGGAACCCGGAUCCCUCAAGCUGCGGUGGAGGUUAUUGACAACAUUGAGAAGAGCCUGGAGAACAUCCGGCAGGCCAUGUGAACUCAAACAACAACUUCGAGAACUGUUUAUUCAUUUUGUGGCAACAGCAGAGUCACAAGUGGGAGCUCACACGCGUGUACAGAGUCAGCUUGUGGUAUAAGAUUGUAAAAAAGGAAAAAUAACUCGCCGCCAUGAGACCUCGAACAUAUAUACAGCAGUCGAAAUGAUUAAAAACCUGUUGGGGUGUCGUGGUUGUGCUGCAUUUUCUGAAAAUCAGAUUUGAUUUUAGUUUCUAACACUGUCCUCACAGGUUGCUAUUUUCAGUCCUGUAAAUGCACAAAAGAAGAACAUCACAAACAGUUUUUAGUUUUGUUCAUUCACUCAAAAUCUAAAGAAAUCCCAUCACACAUAUUUCGCUUAAAUGGUGAUUUAAUUAAUUACUUCACCUUUUGCAGCAUGCCUGUGUGUGAAUUGCAGUGGUUACAUGAUUAUGAAUAUCCUGUUAAUAUUCUAGAAAUUUCAGACUAUGAAUGGGAGCUCUGCCUCUCGCUCGACACUAUCGAGUUUUAACAAGAAACAGAACCGGAGAUCUUUACGAGAACAAGGUCGGUGUGAAAAGGGCCCUAAGACUUUUACCCACCUUUAACAAGCAAAUUAUACACCAAAUUUAAUCAAAUAAAUGUCCAAAGCAAACAAAUGUGAUGGACACAUUGGCUGUUUUUCAUCCACGAUAAAACAUUACAUCACAGCGCUAUAAAGUUACUUAUAAUGUUUUAACUGUAAGAUGUGUGUGUUUUUUGCAGUUACUUAGCAGGGUGUUAUAAUUGCCAGCACAGUGAGACGGAUCAAGUAAUUCACAUUAAAUCAAAGCUCCUAUGACCCCCAGGUUUUUUGUUCAUGGAUAUUAUCAUCAUGAAAGUGGCCUUCUGUUGUCUUGAUCUAUUGCCUCUUCUUCAUCGUGUUUAAUUCCAAUUACUUGUGUCAGAGAUAAAACCACAGAACAGCUUAUGGAACAGUUGGAUAUAGUAUUUUUCUACUUGUGACUGUGAAUCAGACUGAGCGAUCUCAAUAAAGUUUGUAAACUUUG